UACUUAUUCAAUGCUUCUGUUUCCUCUCAGUGUUUUAUUUUGAAAGGGGUGGCAGGAAGCGGCUCAGAGUGAACCCCGAGUGGGCGUGUCUCUGUGUGUCAUAGUGAACGCCUUUAGACUGCGGCUCUGCGGAGACUCAGCGCUGAUCUGACCGACGACAGGCCCGUUAUCUACCGACUCUUUAAUCCCCGUGUACCGGCUUUUCGUGCGUGUGCAGACCGAUCAUGGCUCACUCCUCCCGGGGCUCCCUGUGCCCGCUGCUCCUCCCGGUGCUGCUGGGCCUCCUGCUGCCGCCGCUCGUCCUCUCUCAGGGGUUUGACCUCGCUGACGCUCUUGGUGAUGAUGACAGUAAACCCGUAACUCCACCACCAAAGCCUGCAGUACCAGCAGCUCCAGCAGGGGGAGCAGGAGGAGACUUCGAUCUGGAGGAUUUAUUUAAAGACGCCCCCACCACUAAAGCUCCUCCUAAAGUCGUCCCGAAUGUCCCCGCCGCCACCAAAGCCCCCGCCAAGCCCAAACCCAAACCAGCUGCUGAUGAAUUUGACCUGGCUGAUGCGUUGGACCCCAACAAUGACAUUGGUGGAAAGGAUAAGAACAAGGGGCAGGGAGGACUCAAUGACGGCGACCUGGCCGAUGUCGGCAAUGACAGAGGCUACCAACCAGACAAAGGAAAAGGUGGACGUCCAGGUGGAGACAGAGAUCAGAUUAAUCAGUACGACGACAACAGUGAGACCACAGCUGAGGUGGGCACCAUCGCAGGUAUUGCGAGUGCGGUUGUCAUGGCAUUGGUGGGAGCAGUGAGCAGCUACAUCUCGUACCAGAAGAAGAAACUGUGCUUCGGUAUCCAACAGAGUCUGAACACCGACAUGGUGAAGGCCGAGAACCCCGAGGCUGUGGUCGCUACAGAACCACAAGUCCAGCAGACUCUCCUGGAGCCGGCCAACGCUGAGCCCCCCACUGAGGAGAACCCCGUCUAACACACACACACACACACACACCUACACACACACACACACCUACACACACAAACACAAACACACACACGCACACACACACACAAAUAUACACACACCCACACACACACUGACAUGAUACAGUAUAUUAAUUUAAUCCUGUAUCACGUCUGUGUAAAUCCUGCAACUCUGAGCUACAGAGGAUGAUGGGAUUUGUAGUCCUCUGAGCUGAAUGUGAACAGAUUUUCCUCCUCAGCUCUAAACAUGGCCGACUGUGUAUGGAACCGUUGCCAAACGUUUGUGUAAAUAGUAAUUUAUUGUUUCCUGUUCGAACACCACUCACAGAGCUGGUUAGCGUGUCGUCUACCGUUAGCCGGAGCUUUGAUGUAGCAUUUAGUUCCAGACACACCGAGGUUCAAAGACUGGAAAAAAUGUGAUGAACUGUGUUUGUUUUGGAGAGACAGAGAGAGAGAGAGAGAGAGAGAGAGAGAAUCCUCUCAGCUCCUGUUGGCGAGUUGAUCAGGACUAAUUCGCUGAUUAAUUGGAUUUGACGACGUUGAUGAGAUUAGCAGAAAGCAGAUUCUGAGACGAUCUUGUAGGAGCUGAUCUCUGAAACACAACCUCUGUUUUUAUCUUUGGGUUUAUUUGAAGGAGUUGUGAUUUUGAAUCAGCGAUAUCUCUAAGUUGAACCUUUGUGACACUUAAAUGAACCCUUCAAGUUUCUUUUUGAUGCUCGAUGAAAUAAGAACAGACUGAGAGAUCCGUUAAUUCCUCAGAUUUCUCUUCGGAGUCUCGGAGCAGCUGAUCAUGAUAUCGGACCCUCUGGGCGUCUUCUGUGAUUUAAAUACCUGAUUCCACAGCAGCUUUUUUUUUAAAGUUGCAAUGCAAGUUUUAAUGUUUUCUUUUUUAGCUGUUUGUCCUCUGACAUUACUUCUGGUCAUUCUCUGUGUCAAGAUGCCAAACUUAACAUGUAAAAAAAUCCAUGAGACCCAAGUACAUUGUCAGGAGUUGACAAAUUAGUUCACCUCAGCACACGCCCAUUACAAUGCUUUCCCAUUGGUUGAUUCUGCUGAAAAGUUGGAACGAUUGGCCAAAAAUGCAAGGUGGCAAAAAGAGGUGCAGGGAUUUGGUGAAUUUUCAGGGAUUGGGUAAAUUUGCAGGUUUGUAUUGAGGGUCUGCAUUAACCUUGUGAAAUAUCUGACUUUUCCCUGAAACCUCUAAAAUGUGACAUUUCUGUUUAAUUUUGUACAUUAUUUUUCUGAGGAGGUCAUCAUCAGCCGUAGUUUAAGUUCAGUCCCAUGUUGACCCACAUGUGUGGCCCUUAAAGGGGCUCCAUUGUUGGCCCGUAGAGUCCAUAACCAGGUGGUAGAUUAACUCAUAGAAGGGGGGUUACAACAGGUAACUACUGUUUACAUCAUGGUACAGGUACAUCAUUAGUUCUGCUCCGUAGUCCUCGUAUCUUCAUGUACAAAGUUGCCUUAUUCACAUUUUGAUCUUUUUGCAGUGAACAAACACAAGGCUUCUGAACAUUUCUGUCUACUUACAACCUGUGACUUUUUAUAGUGUAAAUAAUCUGAUAUUUAAAAAAACAUUAUAGAGUAGAUUCUGUUUUGCAGCUAGUAUUUGAAGAUGAUGCCUAAUGAAGGAAGCCUGACAGGUUUGGUUUUUUAAAGUUACCCGUUGUCUUUGGGAAAGGUUGAGCGGUUUAACGCCAGAUAAAAGUGAAAAAAGGAUUAAAAAAAUUCAGAAGAACAUUUCUGCCGUGUAAUCCUCAGAAUAAGAUGUGAUUCCAAGGAAGACUCUGAACACUUGAUGUAGCAUAAAAAUUAAGCUAGCUUAAUCAGUUUGACUUUUUCUGUCCGUGAAGCGACAGUAAUUGGUUCUUUCAGAAAAGCAGGCGGUCGAGGCUCGAGGCAGAACAUGUUUGAAAUGUGACUUACAGAUAAUUCUAGCUAAUUUUAUUCCUACUUUGCUUUGUUGUGUUAGCAUUGAGUUGCCAGUGUGUACAGAAGAACUUUGAAUUUAACUUUAUCCCAGGGUGGCAGUAUUAAUGACUCCUUCACUAUGAGCUUAAAAAUAAUAAAAACUAACUUCUUUACUGAAGCUAAAGCACAAAUCAAAAUAGCUAAAGACAAUAAUUUAAAGAUAUCCUGUGGAGUUUUCUGGUCAAGAAAUAGUAACAAAGUUCAGGCCAAGAAGUGCCAAACUGCAAUUCCUCCAGUGUCCACUAGAGGCUGCGUCCUGCAGUGAGUCAAUACCCAUAGAGCCCAAUGUUAAAAUGUCGAUACAGGAGAAAUAAACAUGUUACAGCCUGGAAAUUGACCAGAUUUGUUGUCGAGUUUCACAUCAGUUAAAUGAUGAUAAAGCUUUGUAAUUCGUAUGAAUAAUCUAAAGUUUGAUAACGAAGCAUUUGCUAAACCCUCAUUCCUUCCAGCUUCCCCUGGAGUCCUAAAGAAACAGAAAACCAAGAAACCAGAUAUUGAUGGAGAAAGUUCCAAACUCGAGGCUUCAAAACAUCGGUCCAGGAACUACAUUUGUUAGCUAGCUGUCCCAGGACAUUGUAAGAUUCUUAGUGUUUUACUGCCACCUACUGGCUAUCAGUGGAACAGCAUGUUGACAGUAGCAGAAAUGUUUCAAACAUGCACGAGAUGCUAACAAUAACGUCACGCUGUAAUAUGUUUCUCCAUCGUGGUCAUGUAGCGAUAAACUCCACAGGGUACCUUUGACCUGAUUACUCGCCCAAUGACGCGCUGACAUUAAACAAUUUUUUAUGAGUGAAUUAAAAACAUGCACUUUAAAAACUUGGAUUUUGGAAUUUGUCAGUAAAUUCCAUUUAAUCCUUGAAAAAGAUUACAUUUGGAUGUUCGUGCAAUCUUCAAAAUUCUGUGCAAAAUUUCCUGCACAGCCAACCGAACCAAACUUAGCGAGUGUGAAGGUGAGGCGUUGGUGAAAGGAGAAGAGUUGUGCGGUGUGUGAAUCGUUGCCAUACAGACGAUCCUGUUUGAGAUUAUAACCGUUUUAAAGAUGUAGACCUGUGCUUUAGCUGUGUAGAUGACGUUAGCCGCCGUUAGCUGUAGGAUGUUGAAUAGUGUCAUAACUUUUGGAGAGUUGUUGGUUGUACAUAUUGUCGUGAGCAGUUCUGUGUUUGUACUGUUAGCAGAGCAUCAAUAUGCUCCAUAUUAAUCUUUACUCUUUAGUGUGUGUGUGUGUGUUUACACUCUUCACUCGCUCUUUUUACACUUUGUAACUGACUUGACUUUUGCUAAAAACUUUGCUUACCUUUUUGUAGAUAGCUAGAGCUUCCUGUUGAGUGAGCUUGUGCCGUACAGCCGGUUGGACUCGUGGAGUCUUGAUGAUCCUGAGUGAGAAAGCUUUGAUUUGGAGACCUGGGCUGAUUCUGAAAUCAUUCACUGUGUUCGUUAUUGUCUGAUAUCAUGUCUGUCUGUCGUUUAUGGCACUACUCCACAACUCCAUGUAGCAGACUCAAAGGAUUCUGCAAUGAACAUGGCGUGUUAUGCAAUGAUCCAGUAGUAAUGCAUGUGCUGUUGUUGUAAAGAGGCAUCCAUUUACCAGCUGAUCUAUGUUACAACCCUCACCUGUAGUCACAGCUUUGGAAAGCUAUCAAAAGAGUGAGAUGACGGGUACAAGCAGCUGAAAUGGGCACUAGAGAGAGGGUAAGGAGUUCAGACAUCCGAGAGGAGCCCAGAGUAGAGCCGCUGCUCCUUCAUAUGGGAAGGGGCCAGUUAAGGAUUUUCAGGCAUCAGAACAGGAUCCUCCUGGACGCCUCCCUCUGGAGGUUUUUGUCCAACUGGGAGGAGCCCCCAGGGUAGACUUCCCCCCGGGGGAGAUUAUAUAUCCCAUCUGGCCUGGAAACACUUCCAAUUCCAAUUAUUCUACUGUAGCUGGAAACAUUGCUGAGGAGAGAGACAUCUGUGACUCUACCCUGGAUAGGCAGAAGAAAAUGGAUGGAUGUCAUGUAUGUUGGAAGGUAGUUACAGGAAAGGUGUGAACUUCAUCUGACAAGUUUCCCUAUUCCAGUUAUGACCUCCGGCCCUAUAAACGAUUCUCGCCCUCCAUGAUGUGGUUUCUGCCGGGGCUUGUACCUGCAGUUUUUCUCUUGAAACAUGGCUGGAUCUUUGGUGAUAAUUGGACUCUGCCCUGUUGUUGCCUUGAACUCUGAUUCCUCUUUAAAAAAAACACUGAACACCAGAGGGCUCAGGCUUCUCUUAGAUGUGAAGAGCAACGAUAGUUUAGGAAGCAUCACGUGACAGGAUUGUUGCAGUAUUCAGCACUUUCAUUGUGGGAUGCAAACCAAACACCACCAUUGGUAUUGAGUAGUGUGACAGAUCAGUCUGUAUCUGCAGAGUGAACCUGUGAAUGAUUCUGGAUCUUUGCUCGUUGGUUGAUUGAGUUUAAUCUCUUGUUGUCGCGUGUUGUCGCAGAUACUGAGGGAGGAGUAUGUGUUGUAUGAGCUGUAAAUGGUGUUCAGGGCCUAUCAAAAGACAACAUGCUGCACAGUCCUACUUGAAUACCACCCCCUGGUCUCCUCUAUGUUGCCUUGGAAAAGCAACCGCUUCUACCCAUGAUCCUUUUUGCCACUCCUCCUCUCAAAGUCCUCAAAAGCUCCAGCUGUCAGUCAGUCGUCUUACAGUACUGAUCUCAGAGGCUGGUUCCACAGAUCCUGUUCCCUCCUGUCUACCUGAGUAGCGGAUGGAUUAUAGACUAUGCACUGAUUCGAGUCAAACACAAGAGCUACAAAGUCUUUCCCUUUAGCUCGCUAGUAUGCAAGCUGCAAAGGAAAACUGCAUGCCGUUCCAUUUGCAUGUUCCCUAGAUUGAUAUUUGCCUGAAUUUAUAGCAGAAAAAGUUGACCUGUUCUGACUGAUUGUCUGGUUUGGACCACUGCUUACCGCUUUUUCAUGUUUACACUGAAGCGUCUACUUUAGACAUAUAUCAAUGGCAUCUUCAUAUUUGUUAGCAAACUCAGACUGGAUGCAUCGCGCUGGAUUUUCCAACGUACAAUUCCAGCUAUAAAGGCCGCUCAAUCACACUUUUACAAGUGUGCAAACUUAAAAUCAGAUACCCAGUGUAAUGUGUCAAAACUCUUUGAGUUUUGGAAUGAUCAGUCUGAUAGAUCUUUUUGAAACCAGCCCCUCAGAGAUCAGUUGUAAACCCUGAAACAUCAUUCUGUACUUGGCAAAAGUGACCAAUGGUGUUCAGUCUCAACAACCACAGAAGGAAACUUCUGGAGAAGCUGAAAUCAAAGACUGUUCUUCUUUGAGUAACCCAACGUCUUGUCGAGCCGCUGUUUGAACUGGACUCGUGUCUGAGAAUUCGGGACGAUGAGAGGUUGGAGUGACGAGAGGAUCUGCUCACCUUUUAAGAGUUCUGCAUGAAAACCCUUGCCCUGUCAGCUGUACUUUCAAGGUGCUCCUCUCUUUGCCUUAUAACUGCACCGUCCCACAGAGGGCGACCACAGUACCCAUUGUUCACCUGUAGCUGCACCUGAGCUGGAGCGCCACCCACGACUUUCAGCUCCUCUAGACGGGUUUGUUGGAGGAACUGGUGGAGUGAAAGGUGUGGGCGUGUGGUCGAGCUCAGUCUGUGAGCUGAACUUCACACAAAUCAAACACUAAUUACAAACCUUUCAGUUUAAUGAAUGUAUUAAAUAUCCAGCAAAAACCUUUGGCUUGUAGCAAAAAUAAAAAUUCACCAAAGAUGUUGCAUCGAUGGAGAUUGACUUUGCCUUUUUGUAUUUGGAUUGGAUAUCUGUUUGUAAGGACAAGGAGUAAAUUAGGCCUUAAAUCUGAAUGUGUUUGGCACAUAUGAAUAAGUUUGAUGUUUGGAUGAACACCUGAUGGAUAAACGUAAAGCGUUAGAAUGUUUUUACGUCCAGGAACAGAUGAACAAGUGCACCGGAUAUCUUAGAAAGACUCACCUGUACAAUAACCACUUAGAAACACACUGUGUCACUUACUGGUGACACUUUGGAUGUUUAUGCUGCUCUCAGAUUCACUGUGGAAACUCAUCCUGGUACAUGCUAACCUGACCAUACAGAACUGUGCAGGUGUGUCCAGGUGUUUGUGUACCUGUAGAUUGCUGACAUGUUCUGUAAAGGGCUUGAGAUGCUAGAUUCUCUUGUGGUGACGGUUUACGCCAUUGGUCUGGGUUUUGGGAGCGUGAAAGGUUUAAAAAGCAACAGCGGUGUCACUUGACAAGUUUUAGGUCCCAUAAAGGUUUGUGGCAUUUUACUGAGCGUGCUCAAGGCUAACCAAACAAUGAGACUCCUGAUCGCUUUUUCACACAGUACAAUCAGUGGCAGCUGAUAUCUGCCAACCCAAUUUGGUAAACGUGAGUUUGUCAGAUUACCCCAAAAAAGGUUUUUUCAAAGAGCAAAGACCAAACUGUCUGCCGACACAGUGAUUGUGCAGCAGCAGCUUUCUGGGCUAGUUAGCCAACGCCAAAUUCCUCGGCAUGACAUCAUUAGAAGCUAAAACUUAAUAUUUAUAUUCUCCUUGAACUAGAGGUCAGUUCGUUUAUUGCUGAUGUGAGAGCAGAUUCACAAUAUUCUUUACCAUUAGACCCACCCCUAAAUUCUAAAAACGUUUUUGAUUGGCCCACGAUUGAUCUAUAGGGGUAACCUUACAUUCUGCACGCCAUGUGCACAAUCAGUUGACACAACAAUUAAAGAUUGUGACCUGCAGACGUGGGAACCAGAUUAACUGGUCAGUUAAACUUGUUUUAUUAAAGUGAGUCGACAAUGCUGGUUAAAUGUUGUCUAAACUGUAACGCUGCCAUCCGCCACUAGAUGGGGCUAUAGCUCCAGUCAGUAACUACAGUGAACCAAUUUGGCGUUGUUUACCCGAAGAUUAAUCAGCACGUCACAGACUUUAAGAAGUGGGGGUGGACAAAGUUAUGUCACCAAUCACUUGCGGGUUAACAGUCGUAUCUGUAAGUCAUCUAACAAUCAGCUACAAAAGCGGCUAGCUGUCGAUGAUAUUUAGCCUGUUAGCAUGUUUUUAAAGUGUCUCCAGACUCUUUAUGGGACUUUUAGUUCGAAGUCAGACAGCUGUGCCUGACUUCUGCUUUGGUGGAUGUGUUCACAUGACCCCUGACCUCCUGUCACUGUGUCAGACAGCCAGCUCAGACCUUGAAGCAUGUGAUCUGUGUGAGCUAACUGUCUGAGGUGUGGCCCUGCAGGGAGCUAGCUGUCUGAGGUGUGGCCCUGCAGGGAGCUAGCUGUCUGAGGUGUGGCUCUGCAGGGAGCUCUGCAGAGCUGCAUACAACACAUACACAUCUUGAUGUGGUCCCACAGUAUCCUGUCCUCACUCACUAGUUGAUGCAUGCUUUUCUCUACAUUCUGUAUUGACACUCUUUCUGACUACUGAAUGUUGGACAGUUUUCUCUGCUGGAGGUAAUCAUAGUGAUCUCUGCUCUCUGUAUUAUUAUUAUGACUUAUAUAUCACUCUCUGGAAACAUGUUAACGAUACUUGUUACUAAUAUGAACCAAUAAAAUAACUUGAAAAGACAA